UCAGCCGAGAAAUACCCUGCAAGUACAAAAUCCGUGAGCCAGCCCCGUCCGUGCAGAGGGGAGACGCUCGCGUUCCGCCAGCUUUCUGCCGUUGCCGAGAGAGCGCGAGAGGGGACUUUUCCAUUUCUCUCGCUUUUUGAGGAUUUUAACGCAUUUUUAUUAUUAUUCGAUCGGGCCAGAGAGCGGAGGAAAAAAAAAAAAAAGGUUUACUUUGGAGAAAGCACAAUGUCAGCGACCUUCCCCGGACUUGUCCACGACGCAGAGAUACGUCACGACGGAUCAAACAGCUACCGGCUCAUGCAGCUCGGGUGCCUGGAGUCCGUGGCCAACUCCUCGGUCGCCUACUCCUCCUCCUCCCCGCUCACCUACCCGGCGCCGGCAGGGACGGAGUUCGCUUCGCCCUAUUUCUCGGCCAACCACCAGUACACGCCCCUCCACCACCAGUCCUUCCACUACGAGUUCCAGCACUCCCACCCGGCCGUGGCCCCGGAGGCCUACGGGCUCAACUCGCUGCACUCGGGCCAGUACUACCAGCAGAUCCACCACGGAGAGCCCGCCGACUUCAUUAACCUGCACAAUGCGCGCUCGGCCCUCAAGUCCUCGUGCCUGGACGAGCAGCAGCGGCGCGAGCUGGGCUGCCUCGACGCUUACCGGCGCCAUGACCUGUCGCUGAUGACGUCACACGGCUCCCAGGCCUACGGCGUCGGUAUGCACCACCCGGACCAGAGGCUGCUGCCCGGGGGCGGCCUGGGUCUCCCUUCGUCAGGAUCAGACGACCUGCAGGGCUCCGUGGAAGCGCAGUGUGGGCUCGUGCUGAACGGCCAAGGGGGCGUCAUCCGGAGAGGGGGGACAUGUGUGGUGAAUCCUACAGAUCUGUUCUGCUCGGUACCGGGCCGACUGUCGCUGCUCAGCUCCACCUCCAAGUACAAAGUCACCAUCGCAGAGGUGAAAAGAAGACUGUCCCCACCAGAGUGCCUCAACGCCUCCCUACUGGGCGGCAUACUGCGCAGAGCGAAGUCUAAGAAUGGAGGCCGGUGUCUUCGUGAGAAAUUAGACCGUCUAGGCCUCAACCUGCCGGCAGGACGGAGGAAAGCUGCCAACGUCACACUGCUCACCUCCCUGGUGGAAGGUGAGGCGCUCCACCUGGCGAGGGACUUUGGCUACACCUGCGAGACCGAGUUUCCCAGUAAGGCAGUGGGGGAACAUUUGGCGAGGCAGCACAGUGAGCCGAAAGAAACCAGCGCACGCAAGAAAAUGGUCCUAGCUACAAAGCAAAUCUGUAAGGAGUUCCAGGACUUACUGAGCCAAGACCGCUCUCCUCUGGGCUCCUCCAGACCGACCCCCAUCCUGGACCUGGACAUCCAGAGACACCUCACACACUUCAGUCUGAUCACUCACGGGUUCGGCACGCCGGCGGUCUGCGCAGCUCUUAGCACCUUCCAGACGGUCCUGAGUGAGAUGCUCAACUACCUGGACAAAAACUCGAGCGGGAAAACAAGCGCCGACCAACAGAUUAACAACAGCUCGGAAAAGACGCAGCUCCGGAAAACAGCCGAGCCCCAGAGCAAAGACGGGAAAACAGAAAAGACUGAGUAGCCCCCACCCACCCGGUCCCCGUGCCUUGGAGCGCUGCAUUUAGGAGUGUGUGUGUGUGUGUGUGCGUGCACACACUCUCAGAAAGGAUUUGUUAACUCCCACUGUCUUCUUUGGGACAAUUCAUAUUGAUUGUUAUUUAUUUAUCUUAUGUUGAAAUGUAACACUAAACUGAACUGUCCCAAACAAGACGUCCUGAUGUGUGUGAACACAUCCUGGUUAGGUUUGUGUGUGUGUGUGUGUGUGUGUGUGUGUGUGUGUGUGUUGUGUGUGUGUGUGUGUGUGUGUGUGUGUGUGUGUGUGUGUGUGUGUGUGUGUGUGUCCAUCAUAAUAAGGAGGAGCCACGCAAUGGAGACGGCUGUGACUCUUCCUUGACUUUUGUUUGUUUGUUUAUUAAUUCUGAAAACCGGAAGUAAACAUGGACAUGCUGACAUCCCAGUUUUCCAGGACAGGGGUGGUAACUGCCAACACACAGACACAGACACAGACACACACACACACACACACAUCUCUUAUUAUAUUUCUAGUUUUGUUUAAAUUCUCAAGCGAUCUGAUUGAAAUAAUUUCCCUUUCCAGACUUUUUUAACAGUUUAAAUUGAAGUACAAUGACCCUAACCCAAACCCUUAUACAUGCAAAACAAUAUAUAAAUAAAUAAACACACACACACACACACACACACACCCCUGUACCUGUGAGAGCCCUUAAACCCCCCCCCCACCGAAAGCAGACUUAUUUUUACACCGUACAAUCAGUGCCAUAGCAACCAGUGUGUUUACCAUGUGGGCAACAGAGAAAAAGACACCAUUACUGGAUGUGAGAAAGACACCACUGCCUGGGUUAGGCUACACUGUGGUGUGUCUGUGAAUGUGUGCGUGAACGUGUCUUAGUGUGGAUGAGAGAUAAAGAGAGAGAGAAAGAGAGAGAGAAGGGUCCAACUCAGCCAUUUUGUAAAAGGUGACUCUGCGGUUGCCGUCGUUACUCUUCCCUGUGCAUGUCUAUCUUUGUACACUCCCCAGAUCGCAAGUUUAGCCGACACAAGCUCUCUGACUCGCUCAUGAACAUUUGUAAAGAUAUAUAUAAAUAUUUAAAUUACUUUUCUUGUAGGCUUUCAACUAUAUAUAUGUUAAAUCCCUACCUUCUGAAAUGCUGGUGUUCAAUAAAGACAGUUGCUACGUGUUCUACUA